AUGGCAAAGAGGAGUAAAAACAAGACUCUUGGUGAGGAGCUAGCAGACUUGGCCAACCCAGCCCCGUUUGAAUACGACCCCGAAUCAGUAGCUCCCGAUUCACUACAGCCGAACUCGCUAUUGUCGCAACUGCACGAAAAUGAAGAUUGGGGACGAGAGCACUAUGUAAAAGUCGGCCGUGGUGCUCUAAGAACUCGUGUACAGGGAGUCCAUAUCAGCGAUAUGCCUGCCUAUGCUGGAAAACGAACCGAUCGUGCCAGUUUGAUGAUCCAUCAAGACGAUGAUGUAGAAGAGGCCAGUGAUGAUGGUGAUACGGGAGACGACACUGAUGCAUCAUCUGAUGAUGAUUCAAAUCACGAUGAGACUCAAAGUGAUGACUCUGACGGCGUGAAUGGCCAUGACGAGAUGUUGGUUGAUGAAGAAAAUAAUGAUAGUGACCAAGAAGCCAUUAAAAAAGUCAAAAAGAGAGCCAUGGCUUCAAAUGCAAAGAUACGCACUGCUAUAAAGAGUUUGGAAAAGGACGAAAAGGAAUUAGUCGCUUCCUUGUCUCAAGCUGCUCAACAAGAUGUAGAAAAAGGUCAACAUGUGCGAAAUCAACGUGCCAUGUGGGAUGCAUUGUUAGAUACUAGAAUUCGAUUGCAACGUGGCAUCGCUCUUGUGAAUCUACUCCCUUGCUCGACUGAUAUGCCUGAUUUUGUCAAUCAUCCCGACUUAAAAUCAGCGCAAGAAAGGACUUGCGAUAGUCUAGUUGAAUUGCUUGGUAGUCUAGUCGCCCUUCGUCGUGACCUGCUCGCAGAUAUCGACAAUGUCGUCCUCCCUGAUACGACCGACGCCACCGACAUAGACUCGCUACAUCAAACCAUCACAGGUCUAGACGCAUCCUUCCAACAAUACCGUGACGCGACUCUAGACAAGUGGAGCUCAAAAAUAUCAUCAGCUCAAUUGGCAACCACAUCUGGCAAAGCAUUCAAGGCCAUCAACGCUUCUGCAUCUGCUCAAAUCAAGGCUGUACUAGCUGAUCGAGAUCGGGUCUUGAAGAGAACUCGAUUGCGACGUUCUGGUGGUGAUGUGCUUGGUAAACGGAAACGUAAUGUCAAUGUUGCUGGUGAUGAGAAAUCAGAUGCUGCUGAUGCCCAGGACGAACUGUAUGAUGUCGAAAUCUUUGAUGAUGGUGACUUUUAUCAACAACAGUUGAGAGAAUUGGUUGAAACUCAUGAUCCACUUGCAGCGUCAUCAAAAUGGGCCGACUUUAAACAACUACAGUUACUACAACGCCGCAAAAAAAAGGUCGAUACUCGAGCAUCCAAAGGCCGUAAAAUAAGAACACACGUACACGACAAGCUAGUUGGAUUUAUGCCACCAGAGCCAAGAGGAUCAUGGACUGUUGAAAAGACCAGGGAAUUGUUCAAGGGUCUGUUUGGCGUAAACAACAACAGUGCCAGCAUAGAAGACACUGUCAGUACCAGUAUCGAUGGUGGUGCUGUGAAUAUGGUCACUAGCGAUGGAUUAAGGCUACUGGCUUGA